UGGGUGGACCGGCUGGGAGGACAGAGAGGAUUCUGCAGCUCUAUCUGUCUCAGUUUUGCCUCUCUCCUUUCAAGAAGCCAGCAACUGUUUGGACAGAGCGGGACUGUUUGGACAGAGCGAUUACUCAACAGUCUCUCCCUUUUGUCUCCCCCUGCCCAGCCCAGACUGUCUAAAGUUUUGAAUAGACGUGAGUGCCUGGGAACGGGACUGGAGAACAGAGACGGGCAUAGCUCAGAGGCCCAGUCCCUCUCUCGCUGUCCUGCUCUGCCUAGCCCUGUACCAACAUAUCCAGUGCCCGAGCGGGAGUUGCCCCACAUGCAGGAACCAUGGGGGUCGUGCCAGAGGCUCCUGACCUUGCUCCUGAGUUUCCUUCACUUGACCUGGGCAGAAAGCCAAAUGUCCCAACUGCAGGAGAUUCCUCUAUAUCAAGCUCUGAGCUUGAAGGAGAGUUUCUUGCUUCUUGCCCUACACAACAGACUUCGGAGCAAGGUCCACCCGCCAGCUGCCAACAUGCAGAGGAUGGACUGGAGUGAUCAGCUGGCCAGGCUGGCCCAGGAACAGGCAGCCCAGUGUUCAGCCCAGGGCAUACUCCCUGCCCCGGCCCUGGCCCUGCAGGUGGGCUGGAACAUGCAGCUCCUGCCUGCUGGGGCUGCCUCCUUCACCGAUGUAAUCACCUCGUGGUUUCGAGAGGGGCAAUGGUAUACCUACUCGGCUGCUCAGUGUGCCAGUAACUUGACCUGUUCUCACUACACUCAGCUUGUGUGGGCCACUUCAAGCCAGCUGGGCUGUGGGAAGCACCUGUGCACAGUGGGCCUCCUGGAGAUGGAAGCAUUUGCUUGUGCCUAUUCUCCUGGAGGCAACUGGGAGAUGAAUGGGAAGACUAUUGUCCCUUACAAAAAGGGGGCCUGGUGCUCACUCUGUACUGCUGGUGUGUCAGGCUGUUUCAAAGCCUGGGAUCAUGGUGGUGGGCUCUGUGAGGUGCCCAGAAACCCAUGUCGGAUGAGUUGUCGGAACAAUGGACAUCUCAACAUCAGCACCUGUCACUGUGACUGCCCCCCAGGUUACACCGGCAGGUACUGCCAAGUCAGGUGCAGUGUCCGCUGUCAACAUGGCCGGUUCCGGGAAGAGGAGUGCUCCUGUCUCUGUGAUGUUGGCUAUGGUGGAGCUGAGUGUGCAAUCAAGGUCCAGUUCCCCUUCCAUGCCUGUGACCUUUGGAUAGAUGGCAGCUGCUUCAUGAUCUCCCCUGAGGCAGAUACCUACUAUGGAGCCAAGAGUAAAUGUCAGGAGAAGGGUGGAAUGCUGGCUCAGAUUGAGAAUCAAAAAGUCCAGGACAUCCUCGCCUUUUACCUGGGACGCUUGGAACCACGCAACGAGGUGACCGAUUCUGACUUUGAGACCAGAAACUUCUGGAUUGGACUGACCUAUAAGACCUCCAAGGACUCUUUCCGUUGGGCCACAGGAGAUCGCUACUCCUUUACCAGUUUUGCCUUUGGACAGCCAGACAACCAGGGGUUUGGUAACUGUGUGGAGCUGCAGGCAUCAGCUGCUUUCAAUUGGAAUGACCAGCGCUGCAAAACCCGAAACCGUUACAUCUGCCAGUUUGCCCAGGAGCACAUUUCCCAGUGGGACCUGGAGCCCUGAGGUGGUACUACCUGUCAUCUCUGCCAGCUUCCAGCCAAUUCCUCCUUCCCCCUGACCCAAACCUGUGACACCCAUCUGGAAGAAGAUGAUUUAGGCAGCUCAGAAGAUGCUUCCGGCUCUAGGAUACCCCCACCCGACAUCUUCUGUGCUCAUCUGGCAUCUCUGUAUUCCCAUGAAAGAGUGAUGGAGCCCAAUGAAUGAGGCAGAAGGGAAAGGGAGUGUGCUAGGGCACGUGAGUGUUAAGUGAAGCCAAUAGAGACUUGGCAGGCGGAAGUAACCACCAGAGGCCCCUAGUCACUAACCACCUCACCUUCCUUGUGCCCUCUUGGAUACAGGGUAAGGGGGGUUUCUGGGCCACCUUUUUCUCUUAAUGCUUUUUGCUUUGGUAUCUUUCCUUUUGCUUUUACUGGUAUACAGUGAGAGCCAAGAGAUGUGUGCCAGCCCCAGCUUUGGCCAUCCUGGAAGGAUCUGCCUCACAUCAUAAGCAUUGCUCAUUAGAUCAUUCAAUGCCUGCCCCUGGCAGGAAGCAUGGGUAGAGAAACCACACCCCAAGCCCCUCUUGUGUGUGUGUAUGGUAGUGAGUCUGAGUCCCACGACCUGGCUAGUGAUGGGACUGGGCAAGAAACGUAGCAAAGCAGCAGCUCUGGGCACUUAGAAUGUAUCUUGUGAAGGAAUAAACUAAUUUAUGCCUAAACAUGGUGGUGUUUUCUUCACUCUUGACCCUCCCUUGUCUCCUGGCCUGGAGAACAGAAUUAUUUAGACUUGACCAAUGUCUCCCCUAGGUUUUGGAAUGGGGCUGCUUUCUUCUCUUCCAUGCCCACGUCUGUGCCCACUCAACUGAAGGAGUCCCUAGGGGU